AUGCCUUCACUUUCCCUUAACACCUCACGAGAUGAUUUGGCUUCUAAACCAACAAGCUCUGAGUCUGGAUCUCCGUCUAGACCUCCAUAUUCCCCUAUCACUCCAACACUAGGAAGCUCGCGCUCAGCAACCAACAGCUUACCUCCUCAAAGAUUCACACAUACACAGGGCCCGCAAGUUGCGAUUAUGCCUCCAGAACCACAGCCCAUUAAUUUUAGUGAAAAUGCCGACGUACUUGCCCUUAAGUCGACAAUGUCAAUUCUUCAGAUGCAAAAGGCGACGGCUCUAAGAGAUAUUAAGACUCUACAACGUAUGAAAGAACUUGCAUUGGAAAACCCUGAGGAAUUUGUGAAAGCUCUCAACUCGGGACAAAUUAGAACGCGUCCUGAUCAAUUGUUCCAGCCAAGUAAAAAUCAUCAUGAGCGCGAUGUUGAUGAAUCGCUGGGGUCUGAUUCACGUGGAUCUCCUCAGUCGGCAACAGUUACAUGGGAAUUACUGCCGAUACCACAGAAUAUUGUUCGAACACCCCCCAUCAACUUUGCUCAGUAUGCUGUGGUAUCAGAGUCAUUGGAUAAACUUCAUAGCGACCAGAUCGCUAGACCAACUGAGGGCUGUCCGCAGCGCUUAGGACCCGGAGGAGUAUACAUAUCUAUCGGUGAUGGUGACCAACGACAACAUGAUAUGGGUGUAGCUGCGCCGUACAAUCCACUGAAAGACAAGAAUUUGCGGGCCGGCACAACUAAAGAUGUAGGAAGGUAA